AAAUCAGCACUUCAAUUAUAAUAUCAUAUUGAGUACAUUCCCUUGAUGACAACGACGAUGAGUUUUUGAUUUUAAAAAGAUCUUCAUCAUGUACUCUAGGAACGGCUUCUCUAUCAAAAUAAAGUCCUCCCUUUUGGAAACAAGUCAAAUAAACCCAAAACCGAAGAAAACAUCAGGGCUAUUUGCGAUGCUCAUUCCAUCUUUUUUGCUUUUGCCAUCCUGGGAAAUAAAUAUGUUUAUUAGCAUGCUAGGACGAAAGCUGGAUUUGAGGAGGAUCUAACAAUCUGUAGCCUCUUGCGCCUCUUAGCGACCAAGCUGCUCGAGUCCAGUUCUUGGCAGUGCAUGUGGUUAAGCCAGUCCCGGGUGCUUCACCCUUGUAACCACUGCCUCCUGCAAGAGAUUCCGCAUCUCCCUUGGUCUCCCUUUCCCUCCUGACUCAGCUUGAAGCUAAAUAGCCUGGCAGAAGGACGCAGGGAGAAGCUGAAGUUGGAGGAGAUUUCCACAGAACUGCAUCUAACCCCGGGAGAUCUUCAAAAAACGGGGAAGAGCAACUUUCUAGAGGAGCAAACUUAGGGGCACCUGCGAGUUUCCCUUAGUAGCAGGUUAGGACUUUGGAGAGCAGCUGAGCCCAGCUCCUGGAGCUUCCCCUACUCUCUAGGGUGGUGGAGGGGAAUAUAUUCUGGACCCCAGCACCAAUCCCACGCCCGCACCGUCAAGUGUGAAACCUUUUUGGUUGUCUGGCCCCUCGGAGAAGGAGGGGCGCGGGCAGGGGCGGGAGGGGCAGAGCAGCUGGGCCCACGCGCUGCUCCCCCUCCCGCGAGUCUCUCCUAUAAAGAGCGCUUCCCGGCUGGUCGGCAGGCAGAGGCGAGUGUGGAGCGCAGCUCCACAGACGCGCAGUGGGGUGCGUCUAGGCACGGCUCCUGGGUCUCUCUCUUGCGGUCUGAGCGCUAUGACCGGAACCCGGUGCCACGGGCUGUGAGUCGUUGGACCGGCAGCAAGAUCGGCAAGACCCCAGCCCACCAUGGAGAGCUCCAGCGAAGCGGCAGAACCGGGGUCUCUGAACAGCAGCGCCAACUGGAGUCAGGAGCUCUCCAACUCCAGGAACCGCAGUUCCGUCCCCGUCCAACGCAACGAGGCCAUGGCCAAAGUGGAGGUGACUGUGCUGAGCGUGAUCCUGUUCUUGGCGCUGACCGGCAACCUGUGCGUCCUGCUGGCUCUGCGCACCACCCGCCACAAGCACUCCCGCAUGUUCUUUUUCAUGAAACAUCUCAGCAUCGCCGAUCUAGUGGUGGCUGUGUUCCAGGUGCUGCCCCAGCUCCUCUGGGACAUCACCUUCCACUUUUACGGGCCCGACUUCCUCUGCCGCCUCGUCAAGUACCUGCAGGUCGUGGGUAUGUUCGCUUCGACCUAUCUGUUGUUGCUCAUGUCUCUGGACCGCUGCCUGGCCAUCUGCCAGCCGCUGCGCUCCCUGCGGCGCCAGUCGGACCACCUGUCAGUCCUCUGCACGUGGUUAGUGUGUCUGGUAGUCAGCGUGCCCCAGAUUCAGAUCUUCUCCUUGAGGGAAGUGAGUGAAGGCGUGUACGACUGCUGGGCCGUGUUCAUCCAGCCCUGGGGACCCAAGGCAUAUAUCACCUGGAUCACUCUGACGGUCUACAUCAUUCCCGUGCUGGUGCUCAGUGCCUGCUACGGCCUUAUCAGCUUUAAAAUCUGGCAGAAUUUGAAGCUUAAGACAGCUCAGGAGCCCCGAGCUACCGGGCCCCUGGCCUCCUCUGUUACCUGUGCGGCAGAUGCUAGCCACGGGGCAGCCCUGUCUCGCGUCAGCAGCGUCAAGCUCAUCUCCAAGGCCAAAAUCCGCACCAUCAAGAUGACCUUUAUUAUUGUCUUGGCUUUCAUCGUAUGCUGGACUCCUUUCUUCUUCGUUCAGAUGUGGUCCGUCUGGGAUCCCAAUGCCCCUAAAGAAACCUCUCUGUUCAUCAUUGCCAUGCUCCUGGCAAGCCUCAACAGCUGUUGCAACCCCUGGAUCUACAUGUUGUUCACAGGCCACCUCUUUCAUGACCUAGUACACCGUUUCCUCUGCUGUUCCACAAGUUACCUGAAGACCAACCCAGGGGGUGAGACCAGCGCCAGCAAAAAAAGCAACUCUUCCACCUUUGUCCUGAGCCGGAAGAGCUCCAGCCUGAAGAGCUUCACCCAGCCAGCUGGGGAAUGAAGAAGAACACACACAAAGGGUUCUGAAGUCUCUGAAUUUAAUUAACUUUGUAUUGCAGGGAAUUUCUGACCUAUCAUGGAGGUCUAUGUACAAAUGUAUGUGUAUAUAUAUAUGUAUGUAUGUAUAAUUAUAAGCUUCUGUACAUAGAUACAACUUGGGCCCAUGCAAUAUGGGGUACCAGAAAUAUGGACCUAAUAGUCAAAAUGAUCACCCCUUAUGGAGGUUCUGUACCAUUUCCUAUCUAUUGACCAAUCUUUUGGGCCUUCUGGCAAGAUCUCUUGUUGACCCCAUAAAGUACUCAAGACUCCCUUCUCCUCCCUCCUGAGCAGAUGAUGGCUUCUGUGGAUCUGCCUUUAUUCUUUGUUGAAAUGAAAGGCAGCCUGGAAGAAUGGAGAGAGAGGGAUAACCUAGAGAAGUCCUGCUUCUGAAAAUAGUCUGUGUGACUCUGGGCAAGCCACUUCAUUUCUCCGUGGCCCAAGUAACUCGCUAUAUUGGAUAAUUCCACAGAUCUUGUAUAAAAGGAAAAGUCACCAAAAAUUAAUGUUUGUAGCCUUCCAAACAUUCUUAUUUAAGGUAAAUCUAGGGCAAAUGUAGAGCAGCGGUGCUUUCAUUGUUGUGUUACUUGCCAGUAUUGUAAUGAGGAAUGCAUGAAUGGUUGGUAGGGCAUGUGGCUAGAAGGAGAAGGGAAAAUUGGGAACAGAAAAUCUAGGGUUUUAAGAGCUAUGUUAGCACAGUUAGGGAAAAAAUGCUGACCAGCUGCUUCUGUUCUGGAGCGGCAAACAGUUGCUCUAGGGUACAGAUUAACUAGGGGUUAUUCAUCAUUAGGUUAAUGUAGCCAUGACCACCAUAUUGGACAAUCUGGUUUAGGUAAACAGACCAGAAGUUUGAUUAAAAAAAAAAAAAAGAAGGGCUUUUAAAGAAUUGAAUAAACCCAAGUGAAUUACAGCGAAGCUGAGGCUGCAAAUGAAUUUCUGAAAGGUACUAACAUUCCAGGUUUUUAUUUACCUAGAUAUCUACAUAGAGUCUCCCCAUUGGUGAAAAUAAUAAUUCUAUGGUCCACCCCUAUAUGAGGAAUA